UUACUCAGUUAGGUUCACGUGGCGAGAGGGUGUUUCCCCAUUUUUUUUUUUCUUUCUCAUACCUUUUUUCGAACUGACAGAGUUUUUAAAAAAAUAAUGGCCUACCUUACUAAAGCCCAACAGCAUGACAAUCACGACCAGUUGGAAAUCGACAUUGAAAAUGCUUUUUCCAACAUCAGUAUUGUUCCGAAUUAUCCUUUACUCAAGAAAUUUUCCUUACCAAAUAUGCCGACAAGCUACGAAACCGUUGGUAUUCUGGACGGAGAAAUCAGAAAGAUUGAAAAUAGUGCUAGACAACAUAUCGAGUAUCACUUUUGUCUACGUAAUCACACAUAUUGGAACUGGAACGACGAAAUUUUACCCGACAUGUUGAAAUGUGUUUUCUACACUACCUGCGAAAAUUUUGCCGCCAUUUUACCUAAGGAAACGAACAUCUGGGUGUGUGGCUAUUUCUCGCCCUCUGGAUUGUUCAUAAUUUGCCGAGAAGUUCGUCUAGCCAGUGAUAGUGAUAUUGCUGCACUGUCACACUAUGGAAUUCCGUGAAAAAUUACGUACUAGUAGUAGGAAUUGCUGGACUGCCCAAGAUUGUGUGGAACAGAAUGGGAAGUGUUUUCUAUUUUAUGUUAACUUUGUUUUAAUUGUUUUCAAAAUUGUUCACACUGAUUUAUUAAUUAGUAUAAAAGUUGUGAACUAUUUCCAGUCUGUUUUUCAUGAUAAUCUUGCUAGUCAACAGGAUUACUCGAAGAAAGAAAAGGCUACCAUUCAUUUGUAUAGUGCUAUUCAGAUGCUAUCAAAGUCAUGCCAAGUUGUGUGUGAUAUAAAAGUGGCUUCAUAUCUC